GAGGAAGGGAUGGAGAAUAAACGGAACCCCCUUUCUAGAUACCUCCCCCUUUUCUCCCGGGGAGAGGAGCAGCCUGACCCCAACAGGCUUUGUGAAAGUUCCUUCAGUGGAGGGAAAGAGAAACGGAGAGAGAGACGGGAGAAGGGAGAGAGACACGGGAGAAGGGAGAGAGCGAGGACAGGCACCGUCGAUAAAAAUAAGAGUGGGGGAAAGGAGAGAGAGGAAGGACAACGUUUUAGUAAUUAAAAAUAAAUACAUAUAUUUUUUACCCCUUUUUCCUCCCCAAUUUCGUGGAAUCCAAUUGGUAGUUACAGUCUUGUCUCAUCACUGCAUCUCCCGUACGGACUCAGGAGAGGCGAAGGUCAAGAGCCGUGUGUCCUCUGAAACGAGGAAGGACAAAGUUGAGUUGAGUGGCAGAGUCCGAGAUAGAGAGAGAGAGAGAGAGAGAGAGAGAGAGAGAGAGAGAGAGAGAGAGAGAGAGAGAGAGAGAGAGAGAGAGAGAGAGUUAGAGAGCAGGGAAUCAAGUAAGCAAGUAAGAGAUAUACUGCAACCGUCUCACCUCUUCCCUGACGCGUCAUGGAUUUGCGGUGCUGGAUAGCCCUCCUGUUUGGACUAGUUGGGAAUCAGGAGUAGCAGGAGCAGCAGAUUCCACCCGAAGGAAGUAAAGAUGCCUUCUGUGUCUCUCAGCCUGCCCGUUGCCCUAGCCGGGCGAGCCCGCACCUGGGUCUGCCUCUCCUGCAUGUUCUGGCCUGAGGAGUUUGAGGGGAUCCAUUCACACUCCUUUCGGGUGAAGACGUUCAAGAAGAGCAAGCACUGUGGCGUGUGCAAACAGACCGUCAGCCAGGAGGGGCUAAUUUGCAAAGUGUGCCGGCUGACUUGCCACAAGACAUGUGAAGUGAAGGCACCUGGUAACGACAUCCCCCUGAAGCAUGUAGAGACCUUGGGCUCCACAAAGUCCUCCAAGAGUAUGGAGUCUCCACGCAUACCAUCAAGGAGUGUGAGUCUACUUCAUGCCCUGGAAGAGAACUAUGAGUUGGACCUGGUCUACAUCACUGAGAGGAUCAUCUCAGUCUCCUUCUCCAGCUCUGCGGAUGAGAACAGCUACUCUGCAAACCUCCGCGAGGUGGCUUCCAUGCUGCGCUCCAAACACCAAGACAACUACCUGCUCUUCAACCUCAGCGAGAAACGCUGUGACAUGAACCAGCUCAACCCAAAAGUGUUGGACUUUGGCUGGCCCGACCACCACGCGCCUGCCCUGGAUAAGAUCUGCACUAUCUGUAAGGCUAUGGACAGUUGGCUGAGUGCAGACAGUCACAAUGUAGUAGUGAUACACAACAAGGGGAACCGAGGGCGAACAGGAGUGGUGGUGGCAGCAUACAUGCAUUACAGCAACAUAUCAGCCAGUGCCGACCAGGCCCUGGACAGGUUCGCCAUGAAGAGGUUCUAUGAAGACAAAGUACUUCCUGUGGGUCAGCCGUCUCAGAAGAGGUAUGUACAGUACUUUAGCGGCCUUCUUUCUGGGCAUAUUAAGAUCAACAACAAACCCCUGUUCCUUCACCACGUCAUCAUGCACGGUAUCCCCAACUUUGAGUCCAAAGGAGGUUGUCGCCCUUUCCUCAAGAUCUAUCAGGCCAUGCAGCCAGUCUACACAUCUGGGAUCUAUAGUGUCCAGGGAGACAGCCAGACCAGUGUCUGCAUCACCAUUGAGCCAGGCCUGCUGCUGAAGGGGGACAUUCUGCUGAAGUGUUACCACAAGCGCUUCCGAAGCCCACAGCGGGAUGUGAUCUUCCGGGUGCAGUUCCAUACAUGUGCUGUGCACGACUUGGGAAUCGUCUUUGGGAAGGAUGAGCUCGACGAGACCUUCAAAGAUGACAGAUUCCCAGAUUUUGGAAAGGUGGAGUUUGUUUUUUCCUUUGGUCCAGAAAAAAUCAAUGGGAUGGACCACUUGGAGAAUGGGCCCACUGUCUCAGUGGACUACAAUACCCAAGAUGCUCUAAUCCGCUGGGACUCCUAUGAGAACCUCAACCAGCAUUGUGAGGAGAUUAUGGAUGACGUCAUACACACCCAGGGCCCUCUGGACGGCAGCCCCUAUGCUAAAGUCCGCAAGAAGGAGUCCAUCGAGGAUGCGGUCACUGCCAAUGACCUCCUGCCCACCGCCACCGAACACGUCCUACCCACGGUUGACCACGCCCUGUCGUUGAGCAGCGACUCAGGCAACUCCACCGCCUCCAUCAAGACCGACCGCACUGAUGAGCCAGCCCCAGCAGCAGCAGCCCCACCAGUGAGCCAGCCGCCAGCGGCCCAGGAAGAGGCCCCAGUCUCGGGCACGGUUCUGGCCGUCCAACUCAUCAGUCCCCAGGAGAAGCAGGAGCUGGAGCAGCUGCUCAGUGGCCUGGAGGGCCCCAUGCAUUGCCAGGGCUACCUGUCCUCUCCGUCGGGCGGAGGGAUGGGGAUAGGACUAGGGGGAGGGGGAAUACUACACCUGGUGCCCGCCCAAGUUCAUGUGAAUGGCCACAACAGCAGCAUGGACAGAGAAACAGAUAUUCUGGAUGACGAGGUGGAACUGCCCACCAGCCAGGAAGGUAACAGCAUGGAUAGCUUGGGCACUCUGUCAUCCCUGGAAGGGAGAGCCACGCCAGCAGACCUCUACUACCAGGCUGAGAUGGUUAUCAACGGGCAUGACAAGGUCCCCUAUCUAGAGAGGAGCAUCCCAGACAGGCCCCCGGAAAACAUUGUCAUCAAUGUCGCAAUAGGCUCACAUGAUGUGGCUGACCAGGUUCCCGUCACCUUAGUGCGAAGCCUCUGCUCAGCUCAGGAUGGGACAGGUGAGUCAGUUCCCCCGGCAAGCGAUCACAUUAUCAGCCAGAAUGGAAACCUGUAUUGCUCACAGUCAUUCGCUGCAGACCAGAAUCCCCUCCCUCGAGCGCCAGCACGCAACACCAGCAGUCGUAACGCCGUCCAACGUGGGCUCAAUGUGUGGCAGCAAUAUGGCGUCCCAGAAGAGCCGGUGAUGGACGGGGUGUAUUUUGGCUCUCCUCCAUCCUCCAUGCCUCUACAGAGCCACCACAGCAUGCCCCACUUCCCCCAGCAGCAGACUGCCUCACAGCAGGAGAUUGAGCAGUCCAUUGAGGCCCUCAACCUGCUGAUGCUGGACCUGGACCCCGGCCGCCUGUUGGGGCAAGUGCCGAAGUCCCAGAGUGCCCCGGGAGAUAACAAGGAGGUGGUGACCACACAACCAUCCUUUUCCCAGUCCCUGGCCAGGCCCUCCUACCAGGCUGACUCAGCUAUCUCAGGAAGCCCUGCACCCAGUCUAGCUCAGGUCAUGCUGAGGUCCUCCCCUUUCCAGCCGUCCACGUCUCCAGAGCCCUCUGCCAUCCAGAGACCAACAGCCAUCUACCACCCUGGUCCCUCUGUAGCCCCUAUCCCUGGCUUCCCCACUGAUCCUUCCAGCCUAGGGGCAGCCAGAACCAGCUCAACCACCCAGGUCCCCAGUAGCGUGGGCCAGCUGCAGCUGAAACCCAUCAACAUGUACCCCCCCAGCAUCGUGUACCCGUCCCUGUCCUCGGAGCUCCGGGAGCCCCAACAGAGCCCCAGUGCCACGUUCUCAUCACCCAAUCCCAGAGAUGCAGAGCCUGAUGAAGCGUUCAACGUGAAGGGCCUAGUAGCCCAGCGUGUGUCAGAGUACUCGGCCCGAAUGCAACGCCGACUCAGGGCUCCUCAGUCUGAGCACCGUCACUCCCUCUCCCUCUCUGGUGUCCAGUCUUGUGGGACGUCAUUGGACGAGGCAUCGGCCCCGCCCCAUCACCGCACCACUAGUGAGAGACAAUGCAUCAACGGCCACGACGAAAGCUCUUCCUACCAACCCCCGGUCCGCUCCCCUAUUCGUUGCGUCUCCCCGGAGUUCGUCAACACCAUAGCGCUGAAUCCCGGGGGGCGUCCCAAGGAGAGACACAUCCACAGCUACAGAGAGGCUUUUGAGGAGUUGGAUGGAGGCCAAAUCAGCCCCACGCCCACUGUUGGUGGUGAGGUGUUCCCCCCUGCCUUCCCCGUCUCGCCGCAAACUCCUUACUUCAACCUGUGCCAAGCUCGUUCCCCUCCAGGUCUGAUGAAGACCCCUCUCUCUGCCUUGGGCCUCAAACCCCACAACCCAGCUGAGAUCCACCUCAACCAGAGUGGAUCAGAGCCGUUGAGCUACGUGGAGUCAGUGGCCAGAUCCGCUGUGGCCGGCGGGGGACCAGCAGGACCCCCCGUGACCCUCACCCCCCCAGGAUGGACCUUGGCUAGGCAGACGACCCCUGACCCCUCCCCAACCCUCAACCCCCUAUUGUCUAGCUGCAGCCCCAUGCACAGAUCAGAGCGAGAACACCCGUUGGCUGACAGCAGUGCGAUCAUCCCCUCGCAAGCGUCCAUUGACUCCAGCUUAAGCUGCUUUCCUUCCGAGGGCACGUAUCCCACCCCUAUCCCCAUUGCCACUCCCACCCCAUACCUCCAGGCCCUGGGCUCCCCAUCUCCCUUCCUUCAAGCCCUGGGAACCCCUACCUCCUCCUACUUGAGCUCCACCUACCCCACCCUGUCUUCCCUGUGUUCCCCCACCACCACACCCUCCUGGGACCUGGGUCACAGUGGCCUUAUGGGGAGCUAUGUCUCCCCGGACCCCAGCCCCCCCUCGCUCCAGCCAGAGGCAUCUGCCCGGGAAAGCCUUGUGGCCAUCCUCCCGUCGUCAAGAUCAAGAAGUCUCCACACACUGCAUCGUGACCCCAACAACUCAUCUAGCAUCCCCUCCCUCCAACAUCGGCAACAGCCCACCAAUCAGUGCAGCCCUGUCAUGGGCCACCAGCCCUCUCCGGCCAAUGGCUUUGUGGAGUUUGGGAUCACUGGGAUGGUAAUGACAGGAAGUCCCGUGUUGGGUCGCCACCACUAUAACCCAUGUGUGUCCCAGGGGACACAGUCUAGCCCAGUGCUGAGCCAACAACCGUCCCUGAUGCAGGCCUCCCAGGACAGCCCCAUGCUCAGUUGCCAGCCCUCCCUCACCUACAGCCAACCCAUCCAGUCCAGUAUACAGAGUAGUCCAGUUCUGGGCCUACAUCCAUCCCUCACCUACAGCCAACCCAUCCAGUCCAGUAUCCAGAGUAGUCCCGUGCUGAGCCGACAUCCAUCCCUCACCUACAGCCAACCCAUCCAGUCCAGUAUCCAGAGUAGUCCGGUGCUGAGCCGACAUCCAUCCCUCACCUACAGCCAACCCAUCCAGUCCAGUAUCCAGAGUAGUCCGGUUCUGGGCCGACAUCCAUCCCUCACCUACAGCCAACCCAUCCAGUCCAGUAUCCAGAGUAGUCCGGUUCUGGGCCGACAUCCAUCCCUCACCUACAGCCAACCCAACCAGUCCAGUAUCCAGAGUAGUCCGGUGCUGAGCCGACAUCCAUCCCUCAUUCACCAGCAGGGCAAUGGUAGUAGUCCGGUGCUGGGCCGACACCCGUCCCUUGGCCAGAUGUCACAAUGCAGUCCAAGUCUGGACCGACACCCAAUGCUGCAUAGUAGCGGCUACACCACCCCGGACGAAAGGCAGGGCACCCUGUCCCGUCAGAGCUGCUCCUCUGGGUACAACCCGCCCUCCACGCCCUCCUUCCCCGUCUCCCACGCGGGCUAUCUGGACGAGGGGAUGAUGAUGGGGGUACGGCAGGGCAGUCCGGCCCCACAGGCUCAGCCCCAGCUACCGGAGAAGAGGCGAAUGUCCAUUGGGGAGAGGCCCAACGGGGGGCUCUCGUACGGGACACUGAAUGGGAAAGUGUCCUCCCCCAUCAUGUCGAGUGGAGGCAGCACGCCCAGCACUAGCUACUUUCAUACACUGCCAGACUUCUCCAAGCUUAACAUGACUGACGGGAGUCCAGAGACCAGGCUGAAUGUAAAGUUUGUUCAGGAUACGUCCAAGUUCUGGUACAAGCCUGAUAUCUCCCGUGAACAAGCCAUCGGCCUGCUGAGAGAGAAGGAGCCAGGGGCCUUUGUCAUCCGUGACAGUCACUCCUUCCGAGGGGCCUAUGGCCUGGCCAUGAAGGUGGCCUCUCCUCCUCCUCCUACUGCUCAGCAGUCCAAGAAAGCUGGUGACAUCACUAACGAGUUGGUGAGGCACUUCCUGAUUGAGACGAGUCCUAAGGGAGUGAAACUGAAAGGAUGUCCCAACGAACCUUACUUUGGUUGUCUGUCAGCUCUUGUGUACCAGCACGCCAUGACUCCACAGGCCCUGCCCUGUAAACUGGUCGUCCCUACCAGAGAUCUCCACCAGGAUGUCCCAGACAUCGCCACGCCAACCAACCAGGCUGACUACCUCCUGAAACAUGGAGCAGCAUGCAAUGUGCUGUACAUCAACUCGGUGGACAUGGAGUCUCUGACAGGCCCUCAGGCCAUCGCCAAGGCGAUCUCGGAGACGAUGGCCGCCGCGUCCCCGCCCACCGCCACUGUUGUGCACUUCAAGGUGUCGCCCCAAGGCAUCACCCUGACGGAUAACCAGAGGAAGCGUUUCUUCCGGCGCCACUACCCUAUCAACACUGUCACGUUUUGUGAUGUCGACCCUCAGGAGAGAAAGUGGAAUAAACCUGAUGGGGGCAGAGCCAAGUUUUUUGGGUUUGUGGCUCGGAAGCAAGGAAGCACAACUGACAACGUCAGUCACCUCUUUGCCGAGAUGGACCCCGAUCAGCCCGCCAGCGCCAUCGUCAACUUUGUCUCCAAGGUGAUGAGCGGCUCGCAGAAACGAUGAGCUGACCUUUUGGCGACCCUUGGCUGUUAGUUUUUUGGGGUUGUUGUUCUUUUUAACUACGGAGGGAAUAUAUCUCCUUUUUUUUAGUUUGUAUUCUAAGUUUAAUCUUAGGUUUCACGUCUUUCCUUCUGAUCUCGUCUUAUACCUGUGUGUGUGUGUGUGUGUGUGUGUGUGUGUGUGUGUGUGUGUGUGUGUGUGUGUGUGUGUGUGUGUGUGUGUGUGUGUGUGUGUGUGUGUGUGUGUGUGUUAUACCUGUGUGUGUGUGUGUGUGUGUGUGUGUGUGUGUGUGUGUGUCUGUGUGUGUGUGUGUGUGUGUGUGUGUGUGUGUGUGUGUGUGUGUGUGUGUGUCUGUGUGUCUGUGUGUCUGUGUUUCUUCUUGGAAGGACUCCUUCGUGGCGCGAAGUAGGGGGGAUAGAGGAAGUGCAGUUUGUGGGGUGUGGCUGUGUAAGCUGUUGAAUGUUGGCUAUGGGAGGCCAUUGUGAUCUCUCUAGCAGGGCAGCACAAGAACAGGAAGAGGAAAUCAUGUCAGUGAUGAUGUCAGUGAGUGUGAUGCAUGAAAAAGAGAAGAAGUAGUAAAGUUGUGUGAUGUAAAGAAGGGUGUGAAGCUGUCUGGUUUUGGACUGUUCAACCAAAGAUUUUUAAAAAGCAGCAAUGUCACUGAAGGUAUGUUUGAGACAAUAUUUGGUAAAAAAAAAUGGCUACUUUAUCAAAACAUUUACAUUUUAUGUUCUUUCUAUAUACAAGUAAAUACUGUAUUUAUUUUAUUCCUAAAAAGUUUGCAUCUUUGCUUUCUUCGCAACCCGUAUUCAAGUACGUUUUUGCAUGCUGGCGAGUUUAAUCAAUGUAAAUAUCACAGUGCUCUCUUGGUAGGGCGUGGGUGACUUGGAUGACUUGGGGCCUAAAAAUAUGGUUGGAAUUUUUUUUGUUGAGCUUACUGUAGAGAAAGAAAAUAAAGAAAAAAGCACAGUUGUUCUCUUCAGAACAACAGAAAACAUCUGACUUCAGAACAUCUGUAUUGGUCUCCUCCGACUUCCACUGUUCUCUUCAGAACAACAGAACACAUCUGACUUCCACUGUUCUCUUCAGAACAACAGAACACAUCUGACUUCCACUGUUCUCUUCAGAACAACAGAACACAUCUGACUUCCACUGUUCUCUUCAGAACAACAGAACACAUCUGACUUCCACUGUUCUCUUCAGAACAACAGAACACAUCUGACUUCCACUGUUCUCUUCAGAACAACAGAACACAUCUGACUUCCACUGUUCUCUUCAGAACAACAGAACACAUCUGACUUCCACUGUUCUCUUCAGAACAACAGAACACAUCUGACUUCCACUGUUCUCUUCAGAACAACAGAACACAUCUGACUUCCACUGUUCUCUUCAGAACAACAGAACACAUCUGACUUCCACUGUUCUCUUCAGAACAACAGAACACAUCUGACUUCCACUGUUCUCUUCAGAACAACAGAACACAUCUGACUUCCACUGUUCUCUUCAGAACAACAGAACACAUCUGACUUCCACUGUUCUCUUCAGAACAACAGAACACAUCUGACUUCCACUGUUCUCUUCAGAACAACAGAACACAUCUGACUUCCACUGUUUUCUUCAGAACAUCAUAACACAUCUGACUUCCACUGUUUUCUUCAGAACAACAGAACACAUCUGAAUUCCACUGUUCUCUUCAGAACAACAGAACACAUCUGACUUCCACUGUUCUCUUCAGAACAACAGAACACAUCUGACUUCCACUGUUCUCUUCAGAACAACAGAACACAUCUGACUUCCACUGUUCUCUUCAGAACAACAGAACACAUCUGACUUCCACUGUUCUCUUCAGAACAUCAGAACACAUCUGACUUCCACUGUUUUCUUCAGAACAACAGAACACAUCUGACUUCCACUGUUUUCUUCAGAACAACAGAACACAUCUGACUUCCACUGUUCUCUUCAGAACAACAGAACACAUCUGAAUUCCACUGUUCUCUUCAGAACAACAGAACACAUCUGACUUCCACUGUUCUCUUCAGAACAACAGAACACAUCUGACUUCCACUGUUCUCUUCAGAACAACAUAACACAUCUGACUUCCACUGUUUUCUUCAGAACAACAGAACACAUCUGACUUCCACUGUUUUCUUCAGAACAACAGAACACAUCUGA